AUGAAGAAAACUCGAGCGGAUCGGAAGAAAAAGUGCCCGGGUUGCGGACAACCCACAGCCCUGCACGAGAAAGGGAAGGCCAACAAGAACUGUCCCGGCCUGGAUAUCGACCCGUCCUCCGACUCGGAAGCUGGCUCGGAGACGACGCCGGGGAGCCCUCCUCCAGCUCUCCCCGCUACCUUACAGGACACGAUGGACUCCCUCAAAAAGAAGAAGGAAGAACUGCAGAAUAUUCCACACCAUACGGAAAUGUUGCAGCAGAUCUACGACAACGAAGAAGCGCUGGACUAUGAUGAAGAUGGUGCACUAGACAAAAAACAAACAAGCAUCAAGAGGAAAAGUCAGGAACAUCCACCGGGUCCGACUAGAAAGUCGAAGAGGAAAGAUCAAACAGAUCUGCCGGAGAGCGAGUACAAGGUUGGCCACUUCGUUGUAGUGAGCGAAGUGGUCAACGACGGCGAAGACACUGAGCCGUGGUUCGGGAAGGUCGUCGCCGUCAACCCAGCCCGGCAGACCCUGCGUCUGGUAUGGUAUGAACGAGACGCCGAGACUGAGAUUUACAAAAGGGAGACAGACAAAAAAACCAGAAAGCUUUUGGCAGAGCAGAGUCGUCCCUUCAAGGACAUAGUCACAACUGUGACCUUCGCGGACGACAUGACUUUGCCGCCCGGAGAGUGGGUGAAGGCAAAAAAAGCCUGUGAGUAGUGCAAUGAUGAACUUUCUUCCAGCAAAUGGUAUACGCAGAUCAAAUUUUCCACGACUACUGUCGCCUUCUUCAGGAUUGAUUAUGACCAAACUCUAUCCAAGGAAACGGUGUGGUCCGGUGACUCGAUGUCAAUAAGUUUAAAGAUUUGUGAUGACAGCAAAAUGGCGUCCAGGUCCCAACGAUCGGUCUGUCUCGCCUGAGUAAAUCCCUUUUCUUGUAGUUACCUGACACGGAAUUCGGUAGACGCCGCCGCACUUCUCUUUAUCCUCUCUGUAAAUGUUGUCUUUUCGUGUCACCAGAGGCUAGUGGUUGUGUUAGUGAGUUUGAAGCAGUGGAGAUUCCAUGUGAAGUAAAAUAUUCUGCGCAGUGGUUCCAAGACGGUCUUUAUGCAUAUGGCGGGUAAUGCACCUUUCGUCCCUCUAUUUCGUUCCUCCGUUACGCCUUGUUUCGGCUUCGGCGCGGUUGCCUUGUCAAUGGCCCACUAAGGGUUCCCAUAGUCCUUCAGUGCUUGUUGGGUGUGCUGUUUUUCUGUCUCUUUGUCGUGAGGAUGCGCUAUUAUGGAGUCGGCUCUGUGGAACAGCGUCUUAACGACACCAAGCUUGUGUUCAAGAGGGUGAUUGGUUCUGAAGUUCAGGUAGUUUGGUCUGUGUGGGUGGGUAUGUUCCCGGUAGAUGUUUAAGCGCAGUGAACAAUCCUCUUGGAUCUUGGUAAAAGGUGUCGAUAAAGGGGGGGGGGUCUGUCUUUUCCUUCUCCGGGGUGAAUUUGAUGUCUGGAUCAAAAGAGUUUAGAUGGUCUGUGAAUUCCUGCUCAUGAGCCUUGGUGAGUUUGGUGUGACUGUGCGAGGUUACGUUAGUGUUUGGUCAAUAUCGAUCCUGAACAGGGCGACGGUAGUGGUCGAUAUUUUGAUCUGCGUAUACCUUGUGCUCACUCACUCACUCACUCAGUCCUCUUGCACGAUGUGCGUAGAGCCAACAGUUCCACCACUUUCCCUUUUAAUACAAAGGAAGAUGACCCGUUGUAUUUUGAAACAAGUCCACAGAAAUAUUUUAUUUGUGACAGG